AGGCCAGCUUGAGCUCGACAUUUACGUAGUACCAGGCCCAUCCGCUCUAGCCAUUUCAAGCCGGGAAGAGCGCGGAGCUCCUGCCUCUGAGUUCCAAUUUCCAGUGCUCCUCUCACUUUCAGCCACUCCUACCUCUUGUACUGCUCUGUGUUUUUUAAGAAUUCUCGAAAACACCCUUCGGAGCUCCUGCCUCUUAGUGUCAAUUUCUAGUCCUUAUACUUUCAGCAGCUACUGCCUCCAGAAUCGAUCGGCUGCUGGCCUCUAGUCUCUCUCUUUCGUGCAACCUGCUUGAAUCCGAGUUGCGAGCGAACCCUUGUUGAACCAUGGGGCUCUCCUCCCAUGGGUGGUCCGUCCCUGCUCUUCUCCUGCUGCUCCUCGUCUUCGCCACGUGUCAACCCCUAAUUGGCGAAGCCGCGCCACGUAACAGCCUCGCGGAGUCUCUAUUCUCCACAAUCCGCCACUCCUUCAGAAAAAGUCACCCCUGCGGAAAACACUAUUCCCCGGCGGCGAUCGCUCAAGGCCUAUACCGUGACCUCCUCCCGCCAGCUCGAUCAACCACUCCAUCUUACCUCCUUAACGCGCGUUCCCCUCGACUAUUUCCACGAAUUUCAAACGCCUCAGCCCGAGGACGAAGGCGCGAUCUCCGCGAAAUGCCACGGAGGCCAAUGCCCGGAGUUUAAGGGCUGCGGAGUCAGAUUCCCGUCGCUUAAAGCCUGCUGGAACCCGCAAUACGUCGAUCCGUUCCGCGGGCCCGGAACCGUCGCGGAUCAGCGGCGGCAGCUGCACCUGCUGCAGAAACGCGGGAGGGGAAACCCCCUGGACUUAUGCUUGGAGAAUUCAGGCGAAUCGCCAGGUGACCUCCUGCGGCCCGGGUGUCCCGCGGCAGGGGAGCCGGCGGAUACGGAGACGCGGAGGGUGAUUAAAGACUGGGAGAAGAAAUGGGCCGGGCAGGUUUUUGUGCUGGAGAACGUCUAUGUGAACUGGCGCGGCCAGGUGUUUAACGAGACUCACCUGUUCGACCCGUCGGGCUGCGUCACUGAAGCAAACGUGUCGUACCCCGCAGGGACACACGUCACCAUGCACCGUGACGUGGUGAACCUGCUGUCUGACGUGGCGGAUCCGCGUGCUGAGGUGUUCCACGAGCUCACGGACCUUCUCCCCAUGAUGCUGCCGCUGAAGGAGGUCCUGCCGAAGCUUAAGGACGCCGUCAUAGUGGCCAGGAGCAGAAAGCUCCUAUCAGCAGUGGCCAAUAGAGUUCUCAAAUUACCCGUUACAGACCACGAAGUACAGGGGGUAAAGCCAGGGUUACCCCACCUUUGGUAUGUCCAGAAGCUGUACCAACCCGUUCGGCAGCAGUGCCGGCAACCCAGCAUGGCCCUAUGGACCCAAUUCCGCUCCAACCACCUCCUUCCUAGAGGCUCCCCCCAAGUUUUCCGAGACACGGGUUCCGAGUCAGCAGAUGCUGAGUCAGCAGCGGGAUUGGCGGCAGGUGUGCCGGAGGAUUGGGUGGUGGUGGUGGCUGCUGACGUGGCAGGGAGGGUGGAUGAGGCAGGGGAGAUCAGGGACGCGCUGAAGUUCUUUUUUCCUGAGGAUCGGAUUGUACUCUUUAAGAACAACCUCAAUGUUCUGGAAGCCAAGGACUUGUUCAACAGAGCAGCUCUCUUCGUAGCCACAUCCACCUCGGCUCUCGCCCACGUCAUGUUCAUGCCACCCAACGCCACUGUCCUCGAGCUCCGAGCCGUACUCGGCCCCAAUAUUGCCCAGAAAACGGCAUCUGUAGCGGCUGUAGCAGCAGACCCGGAUCUCCCCACCAGACAGCUCUCAGAGGCUUGCGGCCUUCGUCAUUAUCAGCUGCUCUGCGCCGCCCAGCCCGACCCGAAAUCGGCCAAUGGGAAUGCGCCGCUGCGCAGCCGCUUAUCUUGCGACAUGUGGCAUGUGCAGGACGUCAUCGAUAGGGUAUCGCACGACGUGUACAGUAGCGAGGUGGUAACCAGAGCUACAGUGCGCUCCAUCGCAGGUCCGGCAGGCGGCAGGUUCGGGCUGAAGCAGAAGCUGCUUGGGACGAAGCUGAGGUCUGGGGAGGAGGUUCGGGCGUUCAAGGAUUGGAUGGCGUGCAUAGGCAAGCAGGGUCGGUGGGAUUACAACGCCACUCCUCGCGUCCUCCCUUGGGAUUAUCCUGGAAACAUCAACCUGUGUGACCACAGACACUGGGACGCCACCCAGGGGCUCAUGAAGAAAGAAGCCGACGAGUAUGCGAGGUCCGGGGGUGCGCCGGAGGGGUGGACAGUGCGAGAAAACUCUCAAGUACGAGUGGAGAGUGAAGGGCAGCUGUCCCAUGCCGGUGCAAGACCAAGCCUGGGUGCCUUUCCAGCCUCAAGAUUUCUGCAACCGGGUUGGGAAGAACCGGACAAUUCUGUUUCUCGGGGAUUCUCUUAACGAGCAGUUUUUUGGGAUAUUUAUCAACCAGAUGCUGAGGGACGUGCUGAAGCCGGCUGAUUGGGCGGUCCAUGAGUCAAAGCCAAAAUUCUGCGUUGACUGGGUCAACAACACGGAGAUUCGGCACGAGUACUGCCGAACCAUUGAGUUUUCCGAUGAGGUCUGCCCGGGCCUCAAGAUUUUAUUCAUCCGAAGCGACCAUCUGUGGCUGGGGGCCCCGAGGCACUUCAGCGAGCUACAGUGGACGCGCAUGCCGGAAGUCGCGAACUCCGAUAUAAUUAUCAUUAAUCGCGGGGCGCACUAUACGACGAACGAGGUGUUCGAGCCCGAGAUGCGCACAGUUAUGACCUACCUCCGUAACCGGUGGCCCCAAAAGCUCUUAAUCUACCGAAACUCCCCUCCGGGUCACGCGGACUGCGAGAAUGCAACGGCUCCGAUUCCAAAAAGGCAAGACCCGAGCGUUCUGCCUUACAACUGGGAGAAGCUGGCUGGGCAGAAUGAGAUAGCCCGGGGUAUUGCAGAAGAGUUGGGUAUGGUUUAUAUGGAUGUGGAUGCCAUGACGGCUCUACGGCCAGAUGGGCACAAGGGGUGGAAGCCGUCGAUCCAACGGCUGGACUGCCUGCACUACUGCACUCCUGGACCGUUGGAUUCGUGGAUGGAUGUCCUCUAUAACACCCUGCUCCGCACCUUGCCUCUGCCACGAUAGCUGGCGCUGAAGGCUGCGUGGAAAGAUCUUUUAGGCGCAUCCAGUUGUUUGAUUCGUGGAUGGACGUCCUCUAUAGCACCCUGCUCCGCACCUUGCCUUCGUCACGGUAGCCGAUAGUUGCAGAGGCUGCCUGCUGCUGUAUGCGUGAGAGUUGGUAUGGUUAUGGUAAAUGAGAUUGACAGAGUCAAGAUCGACAUACGGUAGUAAGCUGACGGGAUUAAAUAUUAGUAUGUUUAUGCAUGUACUGGCAUUCUGUGAGGCAUGUGUCCACCACUGCUUGUGGCUGCUGCUGCCUCAGAUAUACCAUGCGACGUUUUCAAACGUGACCA